AUGAGUGAAGCAAAGGCCGAAAAUAUUAAAGUCGUGGUACGAUGCAGACCACUCAGUAAGGGCGAACAAGAAAAAGGUUAUUUUAGUAUAGUCAAAGUUUUACCAUCAGCAGGACAAGUCCAAUUAUAUCGAAACCAAGAAGAUAAUAAUCCAAAAACAUUCCAAUUCAAUUCAGCAUAUCCACCAGAUGUUACACAACAAUUUAUCUAUGAUGAUUGCGCCCGUCCUAUUGUCGAUGCUGUUUUAGAAGGAUUUAAUGGUACAAUUUUCGCUUAUGGUCAAACAGGUACUGGUAAAACAUAUACAAUGGAAGGUGAUAUAUCAAGUGAAGAAGAUAAAGGUAUUACUUUACACGCAUUUGACCAUAUUUUUGCUUACAUUUCAUCAGUUAAAGAUCGCGAAUUUCUUGUCCGUGCAUCAUACUUACAAAUCUAUAUGGAAAACGUUUUCGAUCUUCUUGGUGAUCCUUCUAAGAAACUUCACGUUAGAAAUAUUGAUAAUGAUGUUGCUGUUGUUGGCUUAUCAACACACAUCGUUAAAUCUCCACAAGAAAUCAUGGAUGUUCUCGUUGCCGGUAGAAAGAAUCGUGUUGUUGCUGCUACAAGUAUGAAUUCAGGUUCAUCUCGUUCUCAUUCAGUUUUCUCCAUCAUUAUUGAACAGCAUAGUGAAGACCGUGGUACUCGUAUGGGUAAACUCCAUCUUGUCGACCUUGCAGGUUCAGAGCGUCUCUCAAAAACAGAAGCAUCUGGUUUGACAGCUAAACAAGGUGCCAAAAUCAACCAAUCACUGUUAGAAUUAGGUAACGUUAUCUCCGCCCUUGUCACAAACAAGACCCAUAUUUCAUACAGAAACUCAAAACUUACACAGAUUUUACAAGAUUCUCUUGGUGGCAACUCAAAGACAUGCAUGUGUGCUACAAUUGGUCCAUCCAGCUACAGCUAUGAAGAAACAAACUCCACAUUACUUUAUGCUACAAGAGCAAGAGAUAUCAAGAACAUUCCAAAAAUCAAUGAAGAUCCUAAGGACGCUUUGAUCGGCCAAUUAAGAGACAAGAUUGCAGAACUCAAGAGACAAUUAGCUGAACAAGAAGCCAAUGGUGGAAUUCCUGUUCCAGACAAUUCAGAGAUGAAAGCUAUUGAAGCAGCUCAUAAAAAGAAGAUGGAAGAGUUGAUGGCGAAGAAGAAUAUAACAGAAGAAGAAAGACGUAAAAUGAAAGACGAUUUGGAGGGCGAAUACGAAAAACAGAAGCAGAUUAAAGAACAAAAUGAAGCUCUCAAACAAAAACUUAAACAAAUGGAACAAUCUGUUUUAAUUGGUGGUGAAAACUUAGUUACAAAAGCUAAGCAACAAGAAGAAGAAAUCAGAAGACAAAAGAGUGAAGAAAGGAAACAGAUUGAAAUACAAAGACAACUCGAAGAGAAGAGGAAGGAGAGAGAAGACAAACUCCUUUUAGUCGAAAAGAAAUAUUCAUCAAUGAAAGAUGAAUUGACAGAAAAACAGGAAACAAUUAAGAAAUUAGAACCAUUAAUUAAAACUUUGGAACAAAACAUAGAUGAUAUACAGGCACAGUUCGAAUCAGAGAAGGAAGAACAGUCUAAACAUAUUAAGAAGAUGCAGAAGGAAAUCGCCUUGCUUAGAGUUAUAGCAGAAAGUUUCAUUCCGCCUGAUCAACUCGAUCAAAUUUUGUCUAAAUUCACUUAUGAUUCUGCAGAACAAAAAGUGACAAUUCCUUAUCAAGAAUUGGCUGGCAGACGUAUGGUACAAGAGAAGGAAGAGGAAUUAGAAGAGAACACCAACAUUUUCAUACAGGGUGUCGAUGGUCCUCUCGAUUUCUUGAGUACACACGUCGAUAUUACGAUGCCUUCUAAAGAAGAGGUCAUGCAGGCAAAGCAGAAGAGACAGUUGAACGUCCAACAUGCUUUGGCUGGUCUCGGUAUGGUCGGAUCUUUGUUUUCAAAGAAGAAAACAAAUCCAAAUUAA